AUGAAGACAUUGACUACUCUUACGAUUUCGUUAGUCGCCAUUACGACCACAGCCGUUGCCAAGGAAGUCGGGUAUUUCCAGUCGUCGGACUGUGUUGACUCAUCGGGAUUCGAAUCAUGUUACGAAGAUGCGGAUCAGAGAUUUGCCAACUGUGUCAGCAACAAUUGCGCUGGUGGAAGCAAGGGAUGCGUGGAAUCUUGCGGUGGGAACCCUGAAUGCGUGCAAUCGAAGUGUCCCAACUUGGGAAUAGACUGUAUCAAUGUCUGUGAUUGUGUAAAGAACAUCGAAUAUAUACAAUGUGCCGCAACGAGUUGUUGGAAUCAGAUUGGCCUUAUGAGCAGACAAUGGUCUAUGGGAGCACAUGCGGGUGUUGCGGCCAAAGUUCUUAUAUCUCUUCCGGACCUGGGCUUUAGCAACCUAACAAGGUUCCACGGCCCCGGGCAGCUUCCCGCGAAUGGGACGGAAACACUGUAUAAUACUGGUGGUGUGAUUUCGACGCCAGUGAGCGGAAACACGUUCACCUGGACGAUCCACGACAUUCCGCACCCUGUCACAGCUGCGGCCACAAACAAGGCUGUACCGACAAAAUCAGAAUCCGGUGGUAAGAGUGCGACAGCCACUGCGGAGUCUGGGGGACGACAUGAAUUUAGACUUUCCCUGUGGACUCUGGUCAGCACUAUCGGUGCCGGAUAUCUGCUUGUUCGAUAG